AUGGAGGAGCCAUCAAAUCACGGCAGCGGAAAACGAUCUUUCUUUGGAUUGGGAAAGAAGAAGAAGAACCAGGAUAAAGCAAAGCCGAAUCCAGACUCACCACCAACAACAGAGGCAGCAUCUCCUGAGCUUGAACCAAUGUCCGAUAUCGACGACACCCCAAAUACAACAAUCCCAAUCAGCGCUAAAGCUCCACAGCUACCCCAGUUAACCGCUUUUUCGCCUAUCGCAACAACAGCCCCUAACGUUUUCUCGAGCUUUCCUUCCCCACCAACAACAUCCCCAAUUCAAUCCGUAGGAUCGAGCUCCUCACCACCCCUGGUUCCUCGUCCGGGCACGUCUGAGUUUGCCUCGCCUCGCUUGUCCACCAGCAGCUCCCAAAUCUUUGAGCGCAACGUCCAAGAGCAGCUCAGCAGCACAAACUUACCGCCCCCAACAUCUUCGGCUAUUCCCGCACACAUACAAACCGAGAAUCGGAUUCCCGCUGUCUUGGAGGCUAGCUCUCUAGCCAUCACAGACGAGAAAUGUGGGGUAGACGAAGUCGAGAUCGUCAUGCAUAGCAUGCAUCAGCCAGCCGUCUCCGUCCCUCACAGGGGCACCUCUUCAAGCCCAGUCUACGGGGGUCACGUGCCCGGGUACGGAAGCGACAAUGCAAUCGACGAAUCCUCGGGGAACUCUGGAGAUGAGCUCUCAUCGCACGGCAUGGGAAUUGGGGCCGCGGCAGCAGCUGAUAAGCGCAGGUUGUCGUUCAUUUCAUUUGCGGACGUUGUUCAGGCAGAGCAGGCCGAGCACGAAGGAGUAAUGGCGUCUUCAGGGUCGCUGAGAAACCUUUCCCCAGGCGGUUCGCCAAAUGUAAUACCCGCAGAUCGGGAUGUUGCGCUUUCGACGAUAAACGAGACGCUACGGCGCUCGCCUUCGCCCAUCCGGCUUGGGUCUAGCCCUCCACGUGGAAGUGGGAACGUACAGAGGACUUUGAGUGGGAAAUCGAUGGGAACGGCAGGGGCAGGGUCUCCGCCAAGAACUAGUAUGGGAGACUCGCUUGGCAUGGAAAGGGGCGAGUUGACAAUCGAGACUAUGAGGCAGGCACUGAGGAAAACAGGCAGUGGGGACCUGUCGGGGUACGGAAGUGCUAGAAGCAAUCCCAGCCUGCGAUAG